CUCGUCUAUCUACAUACUCUGGUGCAUGUCACGCUGCUACACCUGGUAUCUCGUCAUACAGGUGUAGAGUAUCGCAUACUCUAUCCAGCAUCAUCUCACGAGUCAUGGCGGAACGGAGGAACGACUGGAACGAUUUUCAGUGGUUCAUUCAGACUUAUCUCCCCAGGCAGAGGGUCGCGGAGCUCAGGCAAUUCGUCGCCAAGAUCGAACAAGCCACUCGGGUCUCGCUCAAUCUAAGAAGCCAGGAGAGAAAGGCCGACCUUUUGACAAAGAUCGAGAAUGCUUUUCGAGUCAUGAAACAGAACAACGAUCUCUCGACGUACUCCAGAGUACGCUAUGAAUGCGAAAUGUUGGGUCAACCUCGCCCGACGCAGGCUUACACCGCUCCACAGCCAGCGCCUAGGUUCGGUGGCGUCCCGGUGCCCUCGCACAAAACCAGCAAUGUGUCCUCUCCCGGAAUACCCUCGACAAGCUAUGUGGCCCCGUAUCCCUCUUCAUCCUCUUCAUCUUGGCCUCGUCCCGAAUCAUCAGCCAAUAAUCUAUACAACCGAGGUCAAGCGGUUCUACAAGAUUGGAAAGCGAGCCCAAUGUGGAAGCCGAUCAAGGCUUUGACCAACAUGGAACCUCUGCCAGACAUCGCCGCCACGGAGAACUCGCACAUUCGUCGAGAAAAACGAGCGCACUUUACCUUGACUCCUGAGAUUAUACAGAAACUCGACUUUUCCCGUUCUCAUCCUUCUUCUCACCCUCAUGCCUCGAUACGCAUCUUCUGCACUUCGUCCGACUACUAUCGACCACUGGGAACGCCAUUGACGGGCUC